CGCGCGCGUAGCUCCCUCCACACAGCGCUCGUUACGCUGGAAGGGGAGGCGCUUGUUUCUCUGGGCUGAAGCCGUGUUGAAGCUCCCCCCGCUCGGUCGCGGCUGCUGGUCGCUCUCGCCAUGGCUCCGGGGCUCGCCUUCAUCCGUCUGAAUGGAGCCGGCGAGGUUUGAACCCUCAGCUUCUGCGCUCAACCGCGACCACAUCCCCCUCUCUCAUCAGCGCCCGCGCCGUUUAACCUGACAUCUUUAGCGGCUUCCUGAGAAGUGGAGCAGGUCUGGCCGAAGGUCUCUGCUGCGUUGUCCUCAGGAUGACAGUGGAAGUCUGAGGGACCAUCCUGGCUCCGCCUCAAGGUUUUACGUUCUCGUUUUCGUGCCUACGAUCUUCCACAAUGGGCUCCCGAAGCCAAGGAUUCUUCCACCAUCACCACCACCAUCACCAGCACCACCACCAUCGCAGCUCGCUGGUACCCGCAACUGUGCCCAGAUUGUUGCCCGAGACGGGCAGCCUGUUGGGUGGCAUUGCCCAGAUCACACCCACUCUCUUUCUUAGCCGUGGAAACGUGGCAUCCAACCGCAGCCUGCUCUUAUCCAAGGGAAUCACGUGUGUAGUCAACGCCACAAUUGAGUUGCCCAACUUCAACUGGCCUCAUGUGGAGUACGUGAAGGUGCCGUUGGCUGACAUGCCGCAUUCUCCGAUCUCGCUCUACUUCGACAGCGUUGCAGACAAGAUUCACAGCGUUGGGCGGAAGAGAGGCGCUGUGCUGGUGCACUGUGCGGCCGGCGUCAGCCGCUCAGCCUCGCUCUGCCUCGCCUACCUCAUGAAGUACCACCGAGUGUCCUUGGCCGAGGCACACGCCUGGGUUAAAGCCCGCCGGCCGGUCAUCCGACCCAACGGCGGCUUCUGGAGGCAGCUCAUCGAGUACGAGAGGAAACUCUUCGGUAAGACCUCGGUGAAGAUGGUGCAGACGCCCUACGGAGUCGUCCCCGACGUCUACGAACGUGACCGCAGGAAUCUGGCACCUUACUGGGGUCUUUAGAGGAGUUUCCGGGGCUUUUGGUGUUUGGAUGUUUUGUUGCAGGGGGGAGUAAGAUGGAUGGAGUCACGAUGGUGAGCCGAAUCUAAAUCUGAUUGAUGAACAAACUGUGACUUCUAGUGACCGUAUUCUGGUUGCAUUGUGGUUGCAUUGAUUCUAUGCUAAACUAAAGGCUCCUCCUCCAAGACCUCAGAAAAAUUAGUUGGACACUUUUUUUUUUUAAAUAUCCCCAAAGUGCUGAGUGUAAGACUGAGUGAGACUGAGACCAGAUUGGAUAUUGCAUAUUGGAUCCUGAGGAGGAUGAUGCUGAUAAUAAUGGUGUGAUGUCAAUGUGUUCUUGUCGAUGUUGUCCGUCGAUGAAGGGAGCAAGUCCGACCCAGCAGAGAUUUCCUGUUGAGGGUCAGGAGGGCCAGAGCCUGAGCUAUUCUCGAUUAGCAGAACGAACUAAACAAGUGGGAGGCUGAAAUCAUGGCCUGUGGGGCACUUUGAGAAAGCAAGGCAGCUGAGACUCAGGCUUUCAGUCUUAAGAUUCCGCCCACGUUAACGUUGUGAUGUGCCAGUUUCGCUGUCAUCUUUUGUGUGAGAGGCAGCAAUCUGCUCUCGAUUACUGGUAGCAUUUUCAAACAUAUUUCUGUACAGAGCUGUCAAUUCAGUUAUCGCAAGAGACAUGGAAAUAGCGCUUUUAAAGGGAAGAGUACUGAGAUUUAUUAUAAAAAAUGAGGAAUAUGAACAGGACUGUCCAGUUUAUUGAAAGAACCAUGGAAUGAUGCUUAUGUAAGAGCUCCAAACACUGGAUAAGGGAGAGUUUUAGGAUUCUAACCAACGGUGCUGCUAAAAGACAGUUGGAAGCUGAGUUGUAGUUCUUGUUUUUGGUAUAUUUUUUCAGACUUCAGCAAAAAAAAAAAAAAAACACUAAAGUGAUCAGGAGUCGUUUUUCAGCUACUAAUGUUUGGACCCUUUUGCACUUUUGUUUUGGGUUUAUAGGUAAUUUUGUGGUUAUUUUUCUGAAGAAAAAAAAAGAAUUACUUAAUACAGAGACUUUCACACACAAUAAUUUAUGGCCAGAUAAAUGAUUAAUUUAAAAAAGAGAGAUUAAUUCUGUAGUGUCAAAAAUUUCAGUGAUUAUAUUGAACUAAUGCUAAUGUUAUAUAUAUAUAUAUAUAUAUAUAUAUUGAAAAAUAAAGACUUUGUGUUGAAACUAAUAAAGCAUUUAAAAAGAAAA